AUUAGAAUUGAUUAAUGCUAAAGACUUGAAAAGCGCUGAUUCUAAUCUUGCUGGCGGAAUGUCUGAUCCUUAUAUUCGAGUAUUUCACGCCGAUAAUAAUAAAGACAUUAUCGCUCAAACUAAGGUCAUAGAUAGCAGCCUGAACCCAGUGUGGAAUGAAGUUCACUAUCUGCCUGUUAAACAUAUUGGUGAAAAGUUCAUUUUGGAGGCGAUGGAUUUUAACGCUUUUAUAAAAGAUAAAACGAUUGGAAAGUGUCACUUAGAAAUUACUCCUGAACUUGUCAGAGAAGUUUCAGAUGAUGUUUAUGAAGGCACUCCAAAUGGCAUUGAUGUGUGA